UUUUUUACAUGUUUGAUUUCUGCCGUUUUGGCGAUGACUGUAGCAGUUUGUGAUGAGAAAAGAUAAGUAAUACGAGAUGUAAAAAUAUUACUGUCAGUACAUUACAAUACAUUUAAGUCAGAACGAAGCAAAGGCUGUAAUUUCCAAGCAAUGAACAAAUAUACCCAUUUAUAGAGAUGAGUGGAUAGUUUUUUUUUAUAGUGCCACAAGGAUAUUGCGACAUUUUUUUUAUAUUGACAGGAGGGCGCUUACGAGCAUUUAGAGCUACUAACGAGAAUAGGUACUGUUUAAAUAUUACAAAAUGAAAAGUGAAGAGUUGUUUUUGUUAGGAAGUAAGUAGUUUAAAGGGACGCAUCUAGAACUAAAAGAUGGAAUUUGAAGGUGUAAUUGAGUUGGUUUCUUCAGACGAUGAGGCUGAGCCACCGGCACCCAAGAAAAUUAAACCUGUUCCAAAUGCUAUGGUUCAUAUUCCGAAUAAAAUCCGGGACGUCACAAUAAACCCGGUGUCAUGUAAAAAUAAGCUAUCUAGAAAAUUAGUUACAAGAUCGCCCAAUCAAAUACCAGUUGUUACAAUGUUACGUACUAAUUGCAAUGAUAGACAAAGCAAGCAAAAUGUAAGAUGUAUACAAAAAGUAACACCCCUGCCUUCAAGUAGAAACCCACAGACUGACAAAACAUUGCAAAUUCAAAACAGACUGAAUAGUUAUCCAAUAAAAAUUAUGAAUCGCAAGCCACUUAAAGUGGGCAAUUGGAAUUCAGUGCAAGGAAUAUCACCAAAGUUAAUUAGUAGCUUACCCUCAGGUAUUACAGUUACAAAGACUUGUGGAGGAAGUACACCCAACGUGGGAACAUUCAAAAACAAAAUAAGAGUUAAUAAAGAACUGGCUAACAAUAAAUUUGGACAACCAAAAAAUAGAAUACACUCCGCUGCUCACUUAGGUGACAUCCUUACGGUAGAACUGGAUGAUGAUGAAAAUACAUCUGUGGAUAAAAGUAAUUCCGUCCAGUGGUAUAUGCGGCCUGAAGAACAACUGGAUAAAAAUAAGCUUGAAGAACAGAACAAUAGUGAACCUAAAGGGAGAGAAAUGAUAGAAAUUACAAUAGAAGAUAGUCCUGUGAAGCCUUGUUUGAUAGAACGAGCUAAAAAUGAUACACUAUCUAUAACCAUUGAUGAUAGCCCUGUUAAAGUUCUAAAUAAACCAGCAAAAGAUGCUGAUUUAGGUAGUGACACUGAACAAGAUAAGUCAAAGAGCCCACAUAGUAAGAAAAAAUUGGAAUAUCCAGAAGGAGAAAAAAAUACUGAAGUUUCAAUGGAAGUAGACAGUGGUAUCGCAAUUGAAAAUGCACCUAAAGAAGUUGAAAAUAGAGAAGAAAUUGUAUUGACAACUUCAACAAAAGAAACAAAUGAAAAAGAUGGUGAGACAUGUGUCAACAAACCUGUACUAUCUACAAUUGAUUCAAUACAAGAAGAAAACACUAAUCAAAAGGUAGUCUCUCCUAAAAAAGAUAAUUUAGUUGAUAAUUGUAAUAAAGUAGAAGAAAAUAGUUCUACAGAUAAUAAUAUAGAUGUAAGCGAUAGAAUUAAUGGUGAAUUCAAUCCAAUAUUUCAACAAUUUAUGGAUUUAUGCCUCGAUGUAGAUAAAUCUGAAGAUAUGAAAACUAUUGUUGAAAAGAGAAUUAAAACAUACAGUAGACAAGUACCUAAAGAAUUUGUUGAAUCUGAACAAUUUCUCGAUAUGGUGUCAACAAAAAUUACAUUAAUAAAGACUGAAUCAUCAAAAAUUUUCCUGCACAUUAAAGAUAUUGUUGAUGAAUUAAAAUUGCACAGGAUAAGAAAAAAAGCAACUCCUUUAGUAACUCAAAAUAACCCAGUUGAAGAUGUAGUAGAAGAUAGUAAAUAUGACCGUAAACGUCGGAGGCAAAUUCGUAAAUUGGAAAAAACUUUGAAGAAACUCGAAAGGGCAAUUAACAAAUUGGAUGAACAGGAAGUCGACUUCGACGACGAAGAAGAUUCUGUAUAUUUAUUAAAUGACAGGUAUAAAGAGAGAUUUGUGCGCACUUAUGCGAAGUUUUGCCAAUUAACCGAUACGAAAAUGCUAACAGAACCUCGUAUUGUGAUUGAAUGUCGAGCUGGCCAGCCGCCAGGGCCAGCUAAAAAGUUAGAGAAGUGGAUUAACAAAAAAGUACCAAUAGGAAGUACGCUGCCUUUUCCUGAUUUCCAUGAUGUUAUUAAAUGUGUGAGAGAGGCUAACACUGAAGAUAAACUUGGGUGGAAUGAGGCUGAUAUUAUUGAUGAAGCACGCGAUCUUUUUACAAGGUGUGGUAAGAAGUUGCAACGGAGGAGGCAAGAAAAUGAAUGGAGGUUAGCAGCUUCCCGGAUCUCACAAGAUGAUCCAGCUGAAAAGGAUGAAAACCUAAAAAAGAAACUGGAAGAAAAUAGAGAAAAAGCCUUUAGAAAAGAAUCUGAUCUUCUUAAUAAGUAUGCACAGAAACAGAAUCAAUUACACUUAGAACCUACAGAAAUAGACGAAAAAGAGGCAGAUAAUUCACCCGUGGAAAGCGAUGAUGAGGUCGAUGAUGAUAGUGAUUUGUUAGAGGAUAGUCAAAAAAGGAAAGACCGUCUUCAAAGACUUAUAAAUGAAAAGGAAUCUAUGAAAAAUAAAAUAAAAAACAAAGAGCAGCAGAAAGAUUUAGAAAAUAAUAAUAGACUUGAAACUGAAUCUUUACCAAUUAAAAGCAAAGAAAAUGAUAAAGAGACUACAAAUGUUAAAGACCAAGAUAUUAUUAACAGGAUGAAAAGUAAAGAAAUUGAGGAAAAAGUGGAAAUAGAAACCCAACUCGAGAGACAAAGGUCUGCAGAAAAAGUCAAUAAUACCACUAAUGUUGAAUGUGCUAGUGAAAUUAAUAAAGAUACUUGUGUUAAAACAAAAGAUAAUUUUAACAAACAACAAAUGUUGUCAGAAAACUUUGAAGAAAUUCAGAGUGACGAAAGUGUAGAAGAAAUUGUCGUUCCACCUAAACCUGCAGUUACAAAUUUAGAGUCUUAUCUUAAUGAAGAGGAGAAUAUACAUUUAAUAUGUGAUGACUUUUAUGGGGACGAACUAAAUCUUCUUGAGAAGCUUCAUUCCGGAAACGAAACAUCUUCGCCUGAUUCUUCAGACCUUGAUUCACCAAUAGCUAUAUCGGAUAGCUUAGAUUCAGACAGUGAAUCGGAACACUAUGAGACUUAUGAUAUUAUAAGUAUAGGAAAUUCAAGUUGUUCUGAUACUGAAUCGUCCGAAAAAGACAAAAAUAGUUCAGUGAAAAAUAAUGAUACAGUGGAAUCUGUUGAUGCUGUUAAGUGUGAUUUGUCAAAUGAAGAUCAAAGUAACCGAAAUGUGGAAGCUGAGAGAGCUAGAACUAUUUCUAUUAAUGACGAUGAUUCUGAAAACAUACAUUUGGCAUGUUUUGAUGACGAAAGUUCUAAAUGUAUCAAUAUUCAAGAUGAUUCGCUAUCGAUAGGAGAAACUUAUUUAGGCGUAGUUGAAAAUGCAGAAAAUACGGCCAAACAUGUUGAGACAAAUAAAUGUGAGGAUGAUAUAUCUAAAGAUGAUAAAUUACUAUUGAUCAUUGACACAAUUAAAAAUUCAGUCGGAUGUGAGGGCGAGACCAAAGAUAGAGACUUGCAAGAUUGUGACAAUGUCAUUAAAGAAAUAGAUGACUUAAUUACCAAUAAUGACGAUGGUCGAGUUAAGAAAAAAUCCGAGGGAGAUACUGAGAGUUUCGCAAUAAGUAAAAAAGUAAUUGAGAAUUCGAUAUGUAGUGAUGUUAAUGACGGAUGUAUGACAAAUGAGAACAUGCAAAUAGAUUCUGUACCAUUUGAAAUGGCUAAAGAUAACGUAACAACGAUGGAAACUAGUGGAGAUAUAAAACUGCAAGCUAAUGAGGAACCAAUGACAUUGAUAGAGAGUGGAAAACUAAUAGUGCCUUCAAAGCAAGCAGAGAAAACUGCAUCGAACGCUACUUUUAAAUCAAAAUUACGGAAAGAAAGCAGAGAAACAACUGAACUGGAUGCUAGUCAAGUAUCAAAUAUAAAAGAAACAAGUCAGCUAAGAACAAUGGAAGUCGACAAGGAAUCAAAAAUACCGGAAAGUGGAGAUCAUGUAAAUCUGGAACUAGAUGAAUCAAUAUUACUAGAAGAUAACAACGAAACUGAAACAAUUGGCGAAAGUGGAGAACGAAUAACACUGGAAGCUAGUAGAGAAUCAUUGACGCUGGAUAAAAACUGGGAAACAUUAUUACUGGAAGAUAGUAGGGAUGCAGAAGUGGACGAAGAAAUUGCAGAAACGAAAACAUUUGAAGCUAGUGAAGAAUCAAGAAUACUGGAAGCAAGCGGGGAGGGGAUGGACCAAAGAGCCAGCGGAGAUGAAACAAUGGCUAUGAAUGAAACCAUAACAUUUGAUGAUGACGUAGAACCAAUAACAGUGGAAGUGGGUGAGGAAACAAUGCAGGUAGAAGAUAAUACAGAAGUAAUAUUACCAUGCGCUCUACAGGAACCGGACCCUACAACGAGUGGGGUAAAUAACAAUGUAAGUAGUCCAAUGGAACGCGUUUCCUCUUCUGUUCAAAACGAAUUAGAUAAUACUUUUGAUAUGGUAGAAAUGAUGCUCCAGAAAUUAUUCAAUCCAACUUAGUAAAAAGUAAUAUUUAAAAAAGGUUUGUUUAUUAUCACUUUUAAUAUAAUUUUGUUAUCAGUCAGGUUUAACCGUUGAUAUUGUCAUUAUUAUAAUAAUUUUGUAAUUAAUCUUAAGUAGGUAGGUUCGUAUGAAUUAGUACGAAUAUAAGUGUUACAAGUAAAGAAAUGAUAAAUAUUUAUAUAUCUGUUGUCUUUUCUAUUGCAUCGGAUAUUUAUCUAUCUAAGUUUGGAAGCCGAAUUGAUUGUCUUAUUUAAAGAAAUUAUUUGCAGCAAAUGUGUUUUAAAAUAUGUUGAAACCGUACACCUAUGUGAGUAAACAGGUAGGUUCCUUUAUUAAUACAUUUGGUGUCGAUCAGAUGUUUUUUAUUUGUAUUUUCAUCAUAAAAUAAUCCUUAUAAGUGUAUAGAAAACUUAUGGAGAAAUCCUUCCGUGUUUCGAU